CUGUGCUCUUUUCAAGUCGUGUCAAAAAACUUGAAAAUAAAAGUUUUCUCAGGUGGAUGCCGAGGUAGUUUUUCGCAAAAGAGAUUUUUCGAGCGUUCGAACACGGUCUAAAGUUGGUGCAAGUGGUGCGUAAAGAUUCCGUGCGUACGGUGCAGUUGGAGUUGCCCAGAUCUGCCUAGGAGCAGGAAGUGUAAUUUUAAUUUCCAGUGGUUCCCCUUUUUUCACUGCCCUCAUCGGAUCUCGACAUUAAGGUGGCUCCCUCUCUGUGUAUGUAUGCUACCCGUCGGUCGCUGUACUGGAGAGCGCUAGUGCUCUGGCUACUAGAUGGAUGAAAGUGCUCCCCGUGCUUCCACCGUACAGCAUAAGUAGGAAGUGUGUGUGUUUCUUACGGUUCCACCAAACGCAGGAGCACCAUCGUUAUGGAGUAUGGUAAAAUGUAAACAUGGCCGAAUGACAUGAGCUCCAAAAGACGGAAAUGAAAAUUUCAAAGUGCUGGAAAAUAUUUUGAAGUGCUGUAGAAAGAGGUGUAGUCGGUAGUUGUAGGCGAGGUAGCUCAAGCCAACGUAACGAUUUGUGCUAAAUCAAAGCCUACUGGGGUGCUCCGAGUGGUGAAUAUUGUGCAAUAUUAUUACCGCAUAGCGAGACAGCAGCAAUCCAUGGUGUUUCUUCCUCGAUAGUCAGAUUCCAGCCGCAGCAAACCGAUGAGAGAUUAGCAUUCGGUUAGGUUUUGGGACAUCCACGCAAAAUGGUCAUUCAUUCGUGUUUUGAUCAAUCGCUAGCCGCAGUCGCCGCUAGAAAAUGAAUCUCGGUCUAUGGGGAUGCUUGGUGCCCUGUGGACUGCAAUACUGGUGUGAGAGUAAAAGCGAUACAUGCAUUACGGAGAUGGGGGCGACGGCAUCGACUGAUUGUCCCGGUGCCGCUGGGGGUCAUGGUGUUGGUGGUGGUAUUCCGGGUUUGACUGGUUCAAUUGCGACAGCAGCUGGUGCUACAACCACGACACCUCUCACUUCGGCAUCCGGUGUUGGAGGAGGAGGAGCAGGAGCAGGAUCAUAUGGUCCGAUGGGUUUUGGUGGAGUUGGAGUCAUUGUUCGAGAAAGACGAAAGAAGGUGACCGGGUUUGCUACACUAAAAAAGAAACUCAUACGACGACGUCGGUCUUCGAAAGCGUGCGAUCAUGGCCGGGUAUUGCGUGAAUUUGUGUCCAGCUGGAGUCCGAUGGAAAUUUCCGCUCUACUCGAGGAAUAUGAAUCGUUGGCGGCACUCAAAGAUCUCUCGGUUCAGGCCGAGCUGGCACGGCCACCAGCCACCACGUUCAAACAAGAUCUCGCCAGUUUGUACGACUACAAACACUGCACCGACUGUGAUUUAGUGUUUCGGGGAACAGUAUUCCCGGUACACCGUGCACUACUAUCCGCACGUUGUCCUUACUUCCGAGAUUUACUGGCCGGUUGUCCGGGUUAUGGCGCACGCAUUUGUUUAGAACUACGCUCCUCACCGGUGGACGUUCCGAUGUUUUCGUCACUGCUGAGAUAUCUGUAUACAGGAGAUUUAUGUACACACGAUCCGACCAUAGAUGUAAGUCUGCUACGUAGAUUAGGAGAAGAUUUCGGCACGCCAAAUCCGCUGGAAAACGAUCUGCGUUACCUGCUCGAGACGGGUGACUACGCAGAUGCCGCCAUAGUGUUCACCUCCGAAGGUGGCGACUACCAUCGGCCGGAUUCCGGCAGUUCGGAGUACGGUUUUCGGCCCAAGUUGGAGCUACCUUGCCACAAAGCUAUUCUCAGUGCACGAUCGCCCUUCUUCAAGAAUAUGAUCCAACGACGGACACGAAACAUCAACGAAGAACAUCAGUUACACGGAACGGAUCGUUCGCUGCAUGUACCCACCCGAAUCGUUCUCGACGAAACUGUCAUUCCGAAGCGCUACGCACGAGUGCUACUUCAUGCCAUUUAUCUUGACACAGUAGAUCUUUCACUGAUUCUUCGUGGGAAUGGAUGUGGCAGCGGAGCGGGAAGUCUUGGUGAAGUGCAGGCUCUUACGCAUACAGGUCGAGCUCGGCCAUCGCCGUUGGAGGAAGCUAUGGAACUGUACCAAAUCGGUCGAUUUCUUGAGCUAGAUAUUUUAGCUCAAGGUUGUGAAGAUUUGAUCCUAGAAUGGCUUUCGCUCGACACUCUAGCUACGGUUCUUCGUUGGGGUGGUCAACCACACGGUUCAGCCUGGGUUUAUCGUCAGGCUUGUCAUUACUUACGCGAGGAGUUCUCCGCGAUUGUGGGAUCACCGGUGCUUUUUCAAUUGGACAAAUCACAAUUGAUCGAAGCACUGCAAAACAACUUUCUCCAGGCGUCGGAGCUGGAAGUGCUACAGGCUGUGCUGAAGUGGGGUGAACAAGAGCUCAUCCGACGAAUGGAAGAUCGUGAACCAAAUCUGCUGAGUCACACUGCACACUCGGUAACGAGAAAAGGGAUCAAAAAGAGGGAUUUGAGUGAUGUAGAGUUGCGGGAGAUUCUCUCGGAACUGCUGCCUCAUGUUCGUAUGGACCACGUGUUGCCACCAAGCAACGAGAUACUGAACCAGGCUAUCCGACGGGGUCUGGUGAGUACUCCACCAUCGCACAUGAUCGGAGACGAUCGCGAAAGUUUAAGAAUUAAUGCGUGGAUACGCGGAGGUAAAAACCACGGGUUGUUUGUGCGACCAAGACUGUUCAUGCCGUACUACGAAGAGGUCAAGGUGUUGCUCGAGGACCAUAUUGCGUCGCAACAGGUCGAAUUGUUACGUAUGCGAAGAUCACGUCACAUGCCGGAUAUUCCAGAUACUUUGUAUAUGGUGUCCAGGUUAAACAGUAAUGUCGGUGGUAACUUGGGUGUUGGGGGAACGGCGGGUGUAGAUGUUGUGGCCGUUGCUACCGCAUCGAUACCAGCACCGGAUGCUACCACCAUGGAAGCUAUGCAAAAGAGGGAACAAAAACUCCGACAGUCACCAAGUUGUCAACGAGCAUUGACACUUCCUCUGUCCAGUCGUCACGAAAUCAAUCGCCAAAUUCGACUUCGAGUAGUUCGGGAGUUCAACUUUCCCGAUGAAGUAUCAGAUUUACUGGAAAAUGCUAGCUGUUACUGUCUGGAUGGGGACAGCUCAACGACGAAGACUAAGGAAAGCGAUAUUCGUGCGAGCAACCAGUCACUGGAUGAUGACACAACUCCACCACCCUCGCCGGCACUGCCAAGCGAUAUUAUUCCGCAAAAUGUGAACUGUUUCGGUCGCAACAUGACAUUCCCCCGGCAACAAACUCAACCACCUUCUCAGGCAAUUUCGCAUGGUUCUGGCGCAGGUUUACACGUCCCGCAAGCAGGUUUACACGGGCCGAGUUCACAUAUGAUGGGCACUCAUCGCCGUCACGAAUUACCCUCCUUGAUCCCUGGUGGGGAUGUAGUGGCUUACAGGCUAUCCGCUCCUGCUGGCGAUCAAUCAGUCGAAGGCGGUGCAUGUUCUGAAGGACACCUGUCCGAUAUCAUGCCGGAUGUAGCAAUGGCAACGUCUUCUAUCGGACAGCUACAGCUUGGAGAUAUGCCCGAAAGUUUGCAUCUGGAUCUGGGGGAUGGACCAAGUCACAUGAUAGGUGCAGCAGCUGCCAUGGGUUUGCACAAUCUGCCGCAUCAUCGAAUGGCGACUCCGUCGCCGAGCAAUUUUCAUCACUACAUGACCCGUGGGCAUCCCCCGUCGCAUUCCGGAUCGUUGGGUGUAGUCGGAGGUGAUGGUAGAGGUGCGUCCGGGUCAUCACUGGGAUCACAACAGCAAUCGUCAGCUUACUCGCAACGUUCCAACUCACCGUACACGCUGCACCGGGCUAGUCCGGGCCUGCCGCAUAGCUCCUACCAUACCGGCCCUCGGUUAUAGAGACGGCUGCAAGUAUUCCCCGAUAGCCGUCAGCUGUUCAGUAUGCCUUUCUAAACCAAACAUACGCAGACACAGACAGAGACAGGCACACACGUACGUAAACACACGGCAGUGCGUGGUGAGAGGGCGUUUCUGGAUGUGAUCCAAGGGUAGAGAGGUAGGGUAGAGCGAGAUAGAGAGAUGUGUAUGUUCUUGAAUGAGUAUGUGAUGGUUUAGUUAAACGAAUUAACUAAAUUGAAAACGUGAGUAGAGGUGAAGUGAAAUACAAACUAACACACAGUAAAGGAUAAUGAAUUACAACAAAUACAUAGAUAUUCGAAUUAGAGGUUAAGUAUUUCAUUAAUUACUAAACAAUCUACUGCAGAAAAGGAUAUAUAAAUAAAAAUAAUAGUACAGAACAGACAUACACAGAGAGCGAAAGGAAUAUAAAGGGGAAAGAAUAUUAUUCGAACAAUUUUAUAUUUCCGAACACGAGAUGAAUAGAAGUCAGUAGGGACAGAUUAUUCCUUCUAUUAUAAGACAAAAGUUCUUGGAACAACUGGUGUGCAGUUGUGUAAUCGGGAUUAUUUUUUUUUUAUCGGUUUCCGUUCGUGUUAGUGCAUUUGAAUAUGAAUGAAAGUGAAACAGUCUAAAUUGUAUUGUACUCCUCCAGAAAGUAGGCGGUGCCUUUUAUUUAUUCUCCGGUAUUUUUAGAAAGUUGUCGUUCCCAUCAUCGUAUUAGAGUAAAGUUUUAUUGCUAUUUAUUUAUCUUUUGUCCAUGUUUUUUAUUACUUGUUUAAGAAUUUGAUUUGAGUUUUAGUAUGUAUUUACUAGUUUGGCAAAAACAAAAAAAAAUCCGAUUAUGCCGAUUAUUUUAUCGCAGUUUUUUGUUUUAGAUGAGUGAUUCAAACAAAGAAAGCUUGUUUGAGAGAAUGUAAUCAAGCUUAUUAUUUCGACUGUUUGUAACGGUAUGUGUUUCAAAUGACCAUUCGAGUAAAAAAUUCAAUUCAACUAUCUAAACGACCGACGAGAGGCAGCAAACGAACAUCAGACGGGACGCGUCCUAACACCAUUGGUCGUUAACAGAUUAUCUAAACGAAACCUAUCGUCAAGAGAAGGCAUUUUCUAGGUACAGGUUAAAGCUUAUAUGCAUGCAUUUUGACAUUUUUAUUGAAAUUUAAGUUUAAAUCAAGCGUGCAAUGAAUCUCAAUUUCGGAUUGAUUAGAACCACAUUUGAGAGUUGGGAAAAUAUAGUAUUUGUAAACUGUUACAUUGUCUUACCCGUGCAUAUAUCGCAGAUAAUGCUGUUUCCUUGCAAUAUAUUCCCCAGAAAGUACCAAGUCCCAGAAAACAAUUCCCAAUGAGAACCAAACCCAGAAAACUUUUUGUCAGAAAGUAUCAAAACUCAAAAUCAAAAUUGGUCGGAAAUUCAAAAUGUUAAACCAAGUUCGUAUCAGUCAUGGCAUUUUCGUUUUUGACAGUACACUACAGCAAUCAGUCCAUCUCUUUCUUUGCACUACACCGGUGUAGCACCAAGAAAAAACGAAAACACUAUUAAAUGCUUGUUAUGAACACAAUACAUAUGAAUGACAAAGGUCGCAAAUGUUCCAUUCAAUUCCUGAUUUUUUCAACUUAGAAAAACAGCAAAAUACAUAUGAUUUGCAGCACAGAGCAGAAUAGUUAUUAGGAAUAGGGGAUUUUUGGGACAAAAUGAUUUUUUUUCGCAUUUUUCGAGAAACGAAAAUAUUUCCAAUAAAAUGCUAAGAGUUUUCUUUAACAAAAAAUAUAAACUGUAAUUUUCCGAGUACUACUUCAAAAGUUAUAGCAUUUAGUUCGUCAUAUUUUUCCAUGGUACCAAUGUGGGCAAGGGUCUAAAAUUGUUCAAAUGAUGUGAAAUUUUGUAAUUUUCUAGUUCCUUAACUGUUGACCAGUGAGGAGAGCUUUACUUCUUUGUUGGAAUCUCCCUGACAACAGAGGGUGAGGAUGCCGCUUUUUCGAGGUUUCAUAUUCCACUUCCUGCUAGCUAUGAGAAAAGCAAUGUUCGUUCGGUUUAGUAUCCUCCACAGCGAGAGUGAGUGGUGGUUUUGGAUUCUUCGCGGGAUGCCGGGGAAAUGGAAUUGUACAUAUAUUUAAACGAAAAAAAAAAAUUCACAAGCACGUACAAUUUACCGCUUUAUGUGAAUGGCAUAGAACAGUGGGACGUAUUAUGCUUUGUCGAAAUAAAAGGAACUAAAGAAUUUAUAGUUGUUGCUUUUCAACUCUGUGGGUAAUAUAAAUCGAUCAAAGUACUCCAAAAUAUCGAGCAAUCGCUUUAAUACAAUUUUCUGUCUGGUUUAAGCUUCUGUACAUAAAUUUCUCAUGGAGCCUAUCCUAAGUCAGUAAAAAUCUUCGGGUAAAAGCCUAACCGGAGGGGGCAACCCUAUCUUUAGACAAGAAGAGUAACCUAUCAAAUAUUUGCUCGCGCUCGCGAAAAUCCGGACCUCUCGCACCACUAGUUGGAUGGAGUGCUUUGUGAGAUGGUGUCAAAUCUUGGUUAAACGUUCAUGGUCUGUGACCGAAAUGUUUCUCUGCCCACGACUUCAAAGCAGCCUCCAGGACUCGUUUCCAACAAUAUGGCGCAUUUACUUUGACGCCGGGCUCGAUGAAAAGGAUUGGAGAGCGGCCAUCUGCGGUUACAUCGGCCCGAGUCCUUAUUUGUGGCAGGUGCUGCCUCCUGGUGGCCAAGUACACCCUAUCGUUCUGAGAAUCUCAAUUUAAAAAAAAAUCGUAAGAAAACACGAUGUUCGGAAUUUGACCGCUUUCGAUCAAACGAUCCACUUUCACGCUCUCUCAAGUCUAACUACUUGCUGCUUCGGUGUGAUAUAAUGAGCCUUUUGGAACUUGUAAGGCUUGAUCUUGAGCUCAUUUUUCAAUAUGCGUCCAAUACUGCAGUCAGAUAUUUUCAGUUCAUUAGCCAUUUGGUCGUUUUCAAUGGUCGAAAAGUUAAGUUUGCGUUAGUUAGCCAACAUCGUAAAAAGAUAUCAAAUACACUAACGGGUGUUCAAUAAAAAAUGAGAAUUUUUCAGUCAUAUAGUUAAAAAACAACAAAUUCAGUAUUUUUUUUAUUAAAAAACACAAUGUUUAUUCUUCAAAAAAAGUCAAUAAAUAUUGGAGAAGGGACCCUGGUCAGCCGUACGACGCAACUUAGUCGCGAUGCUCUCACAAGAGCGCUGGACAGCACUAACGUCCAUCUCCCAGAUACAAUUCCGGAUCCUGGUACUCAACUGCUUUGUAUCCCUCGCCCGCCAUUUAUUUUUGUACACUAGGAUACUGAGGAAGUCGCAAAAAUCCUCAAUGGGACGGCACUGGGGCAAGCUGGUCGGGUUCCUUUCUUUCGGCACGUACGGUAUCUUUUUCUGCUCAGGAUACUCCAGCAUCUUCUUGACGUAAUAGGAAGACGCCUUGUCUGGCCAAAAGAAAUACUUCCCAUCCACAUCUUUAAGAACGACAGAAGAAUUUUCUCAAGACGCUUCUCCUGGUACACUUGUUAAUUGAUGGCCAGACCGUUCGGCUUGAACGACGGCUUUGAAAUCCCUCUGUUCGCUAUGGCGAUGUAGAGCAUAACUUUUUUUUUUCAAAUUUAUGCUUAAACUUAUAUUUUACUCCUGGCAUGUGGCCGACUUGUCGCUGAAAUAGUAGCUGUCAUUUCCUGGAAUGUGGGUCUUCGAGAGUGGAAAGUAACUUUCGUCAUCCAGCACGAACGACGUCCCGCGUCUUCGUCAUCCAUCGGCACUGCAAUUUGACGAUCGCUAUCUGCUCAUUUCUGUACUCGGGGGACCGAGCCUUUUUCCGUCAGAUGAUGUCAUCCAUCUUGAGGGUUCGGUGAAUCAAGGUAUGAAAGCAGUGAUAUUUUCGACCGGUGUCACGCAAACUCGUUCCGUCCUUGUUGUCGAACAGCGCUCCCUUCUUCUUCGUCACUGUUUUUUUUGCCUGGCGGCCGCUACGCUCCACGCUCAGAGAUGCCAGGAUCCAGUAAACUGUACUCACGACCACGUUUUCGUCUCGAAAGUGGUCUACCGUAAACUUUUUUCCAUGAUGACCAUGCGUUUCGUAAAACCGUACAACACGCUCUCGGAGUGCUUGCUGUUUCAAUGCCAUCUUCGAUUGAACUGACAGCACCCGAGCGAAAAAAAACAUGCCACCCAUUACUAGGGAGUCCAGAGAGCAAUUCUCUAGAGAGAAAAAAAAUUACGGUCUUUACUUUAAUUACAGAAAAGUAUUGAAAUCAUUCUCAUUAAUUUUUAUUGAACACCCGUUAUUCUCCCAGCGACGUCACCUAGUGACUAUAAGGAAGCUGUUUAUGUUUCCAAAAUGCCCUUGCGUCGACCACGAUAUGCCAGGAACCAUAAAACAAGAAAAAGGCUAGCUUUUUUUGUUUGACAGCUCCAGUGCUGCCGUCAUCACGGGUGGUGUCUUCCUGUCUUUUGACUGCGUGCUAUGUACUCCCCUCUAACACCUCAUUAUUGCACUUAUGUUUACCCUUUACUCACGUUAAACUUAACAACCAAUUUGCAAUAAUUUGGAAAAUUUUACCAAUUGUUACUCAUAUUAGCUACUUUGCAUAUACAACUAUUUUUAUUUGAAUGACCGCUUAAAUUUUUUCCGACUUGAAAAGUCAAUUUAUUCUGCGCAUGAAAAAUGAAUUAGGCAGUAAUAAGUUGAUUUAGGUUAGCAGUUGUGCCCUUUAUGUACAAGUUGGUUUAAUCCAUUUUUUCUCUUUUUGGGAAUAGUUAUUGUAUAAUUUCGUCCCUUUCCAAUGGGGCGAGGCGUGCGUCGUCAGUAUUAGUUAUUUCAUUGAUAAUCACAGUUUACAAACUAUAUUCACAACUCUAAAGUGUUAAGACAAAGCAAUUCUAUACGUUCCUUGUAGCUAUUCUUUUUUUUAUCUAAGCACUUUCAGUUGACCAAAUUUGUUGCCACUCGCUGGAUCGGAUCAAACGCAGAGCAAUGGCCAAGAUCACAUGAGUAUGCAACAAUACAAAACAAAAAUAAACAUGCAAAAAGCUGCCACCUUCAACGCAUUCUUCACAAUUAAUACUACCAAACAUCUGAUGCAAAGAAAUAGGAAGACUAAAAAGCUGCAAUUACCCGAACAGGCCGAAUAAACUAAGUAGCAGCAAUGUAAACGAAAUACAAAAUGCGAAACCUAACCUUAACAAGAGCAAAACAAAACUCAAUCACAUCUGUUGGUGACCGUCAGCACACGGAACGAUCGUUCAGGAUAAUAGAAGAAGCAGAUCGGAACAAAACCGAACACACAGUUUAAUUACCAUAAUUAAAAGAAACAGAAGAAAUAUUAUAAAUAUUAAUAAAUGAUAGUGAAAUGCGAACAAGUAAAACAUAAAGAAGAAAUCAAUGGUGAAGUCUUAUUGCAAACAAGCGACAGUAGAUAACAUCCGAUCGAAAGAAGUAGAAAUAAACAAUAUAAGAAUUGAAGUCGAGAGGAUGAAGGUGAAAAUAUCAGAAAUAAAAAAAAAGAUUAUUUUGAAAAUUAAA